CUAACCAGGUUGAGGAGUCCGGUCGCUACGGCAGGGGCACGGAUCUCUGUUCUUUUCCCUGUGUCUCCUGGUCUAGGGUUGCGUCUUGGUGUUUCCUGUUCUGUCCUCAAUCUCGGUUUGAGUUUCUUCUGAUUGAACACAGCCUUUGAAUAAUAUCUGGCCUACCAUGCAUAGAUGAGACAGCUGAAUCCCAAGGAGUUUAAGAUACUUUCCCAAGGUUGUGACGUAACCAAGAUUUGAACCCAGAUCCACCCAACCUCAAACCCUUCCUGGGACAAGACACUGCUGAAUCUGUAAGAGAUGCCACUGCCACCCCAAAGCUUCAAGCCUGAGACUAAGAAAUUUCAGUCCAGCAAAAUUGUGCCCAGCGAUCAUAGCCAAUCCAAGAAGAUGGGAGAGAAUUACCAAGCAAAAAUAUCUCCAUCCUCACCUCAGAGGACAUUCAAAAAGAGAUCAGCUUUUGAAGAUCUCACAAAUGCUUUUCAAACUCAACCUGUCCAGUCUAAGAAGGAAAUCAACAAGGAGUUUGGAAAAGACGUUCCCAAGACGAUUAGCAAAAGCAAACAUGCUCUUGAGUUGGCCAGAUAUACUGAAAUGAACAAAAAAAGAUAUAAGUUGGAGCUCACAUCAGCAGUAGCCUCUACUGCCUCAGUGCCAAAAAUUUUGGAGAAAUCGCUCCUUCUGGAUGUAACCACCAACUCCCAAACACCUACUAUUGAGGAGGUAUCUUUUGUCACAAAACCAUUAAUUUUAAAAGAGGAACCCAGUACUGAAGUGACAACCCUUAUAAAGAAGUCAUUAAAGAAGUGCACAAAUCCUGGAGAAGCAUUCCUAUUGGAGAAGUCACUAUCCUUACAGGAGGAGACUGACAGUGAUGAUGACUUUGUUAUAAAGCCAGUGACUUUUGGGAAGAAGCAUAAAUCCAAUGAGGCAGCCAUCACUAAGAAGACAUUAUCCUUAAAGAAGAUGUCUACAUAUCAGAGGAAGCAGUCUUGCUUGGAAGAGUUGGUGAUCUUGCAGGACAGCAAUGUUGAAGAGGGUUCCUUCUCUGUGGAGCUGAUGAAUUUAAAGAAGAAGCCUAAAACUGAGAAGUUAUCCUCCCCUAAGAAGCCAUUAUCUUUAAGUAGUAAGUGUACCACUAUGGAGAAGAUCUCCAACACAAUAAAGCCAGUACUAUUGGAGAAGAUCACUUCUGAAAAGAAGUUAAUUACUAAGGAGCCAUCAGCCUUUAUGAGAAAUCCUACUGCUGACAAGGAGUCCCUUUCCUGUAAGCCAUCUGCAUUCAAAGAGAAACACACUACUAAGCAAGAGAUCUCCAACUGGAAGAAAUCAUUGACCUUACAGGAGAAGACUGACUUUAAAGACAAAUCCCUUGUUAAGGAAUUAUCGACUUUUAAGCAGAAGCCUACCACUGAGGAGGCAACCCUCACCGCAAGCCCAGUUUUUGGAAGGACAGAAUGCACAGUUCAAAGGAAGAUAUGCACUACUCAUGAGAAGAAGUACACUAUUUAUGGGAUGCAGUCCCACUUGAAGAAUCCAUUAGAAGUACAGGAGGUUAUCUCUGGGGAGGAGUCACUCAGUACAAAGCCAUUGUCCUUUAAAAGAAAUCGUAUCACUGAAUUCUACCAAGAGCCAUCUGCAUUACAGGAGAAGCAUACUACUCAAGCAGAGAUAGGCCUCUUGAAGAAGCCGAGGACAUUGCAGGAGAAUAUCAACAGUGAAGCUAGCUGUGUUAAGGAGGUAGUUUCCUGUAAGAAACAGCAUAGUACUAUGGAGGCAAGCCAUACAAAGAAGCCAUUACCUUUAAAAAAGAAGCAGAAAAUUCAGAGGAAGCUCUCCCGCUAUAAGCCAUUAAAAGUUGAGAGAGUCACCUAUGGAGAGAAUUCACUCACUAAGGAUCCAUUUUCCUUUGAGAAAUUUACCAGUGAUGAGGAUUCCCUUUCCCAGGAGCCAUUUGUAUCCCAAGAGAAGGAUAGCACACAGGAAGAGGUGUCCACUUUGAAGAAGCGUGUGGCCCUGCAAAAAUCUCCCACUGAGACAGAGUCACUUUUUCAGGAGUCUUUGGCUUUUCAAAAGCAAUGUAAUACUGAGAAGGCAACCCCUAGCAAGAAACCUUUACCUUUAAAGAAGCAGCAGCACACCACUCAAGGGACAGUGUCUCAUUUGAAAAAGCCAUUAGUAUUGCAGACAGUCACCUCUGAAGAGAAGUCACCCAUUAAGGAGCCACUGUCCUUUAAAGAAGUAAAUAUGUCCUUAAAGAAGAAAAAGUGCACCACUGAAGCAACACCCCAAUGGAUAGAUCUUUCAGACUGGCAGGAUAUAAUUGUUAAAGAGAAGAAUUCUUUCUUUAUGAAGCAAGUAUCAUCUACAAAAAAGGGUACAACUGAGAAGGUAGUCCUCACCAAAACGCCAUCAUAUUUGAAGAAGAAGCAAACCACUCAGAGGAAGACUACUUCUGAAGAAGAGUCACUCUGUAAGAAGCUGUUGCCUUUUAAGAAGAAGCCUACAACUGAAGAGAAGUUCCUCGCCCAGGAGCGAUCUGCAUCAAAAGAGAAACAUACUACUUUUCAGGAGGUGUCACUCUCAAGAAAGCAAAUAGCCUUUCAGGAGAAGACCACUACUGAAGAAGAAUCUUAUAGUAAGGAAGCAGUGACUUUGAAGGAGAAGCUUAUCACUGAGGAGUUCCUCUUUCAGGAGCCAUUUUCUUUGCAUGUUAAGCCUACCAACAAAGAUGAAUCCCUUUUCCAGAAGGCUGUGAUCUUGCAAGAGAAGACUAAUACCAAAAAGGAGUCUUUGGCUUUGCAUGAGAAGAGCACCAUGACAGAAGAAUCCCUUUUCAAUAGGCUCUCAGUUUUGAAGAAAGAGCCCUCUGCUAAGGGAGCAGCAAGCAUAGAUAGGCAAUUACCUAUAAAGAACGAGCUCACUGCUCAUGAGCAGGCAUUUCUUUUAAAGGAGCAAUUGGCUUUGCACGAGAAAAUCACCAAUGAUGAAAUGUACCUUAUUAAAGAGCCACUGGCCUUGCAGGAGUAUGUGGGCAGUGAAAAGGGACUCUUCAAGGAGCCCUUGACCAUGCAGGAGAAGCUCAGCACUCAGAAGGAGACUGCUUUUAAGGAGCAUACCACUGACAUAGAGGCUCACUUCAAUGAACUUUUGGCCAUGCAAGAGAAGCCCAGCAUUGAGAUAGGGCCUGUCUUUCAGGAGCCUGUGAACUUGCAGGAAAAGCCUACUAUUGAGGAGGAAGGGUUCUUCAUAGAGCCUUUGGCUUUACAGGAGAAAGCUGGCCUUGAGUCUGAGGCUAUGCUGAAAGAGCCUUUGGCCUUGCAAGAGAAGCCCAGCACUGAGAUGGAAACUGCUCUAAAGGAGCCCUUGUCCUUGCAGGAGAAGCCCAGCACUGAGAAGGAGGCUAUCCUCAAAGAGCCAUUAGCAUUUCAGAAGAAGUCCAACAUGGAGGAUGAAGUCCUCUCCAAGGAGCCAUUAGCCUUGCAGGAGAAAUCUACUAUAAAUGUACCAUUCUUCUUCCAGAAUAUGUUAGCCAUGAAUGAGAAACCCACCAUUGAGAAUGAGUUGUCUUUUCAAGAGCCGUUAGCUUUAGAAGAGAAUUUUGCCAACAAGGAAGAUAUUUUUCCAGAAACAUUCUUGAUCCUUGAGAACAGCCCACGUGUGUCUAGCAAUGCUGUUGAAUCCAGUACAGACAAGUUCAAUGCUGCUAAUAUGUCCAGUGUGGGCAAGUCCGGUGCAAAUGAAUCUGGUUCCAAAAUACCUUUCUCACCUCAAAGCAGAACACAGAAGGAGCAGAUAAACACACUUGAAGCUAUUGGCAAGGACCACCAUGAUCCAUCUUUCAGCUCAGUAUAUGCCAAGGAGAUCUUCAGUUACUUGAAAGACAGAGAGGAAAAGUUCAUUCUUAAAAAAUACAUGAAAAGACAGACUGAGAUCACCAGUGACAUGAGGGCCAUUCUUGUGGACUGGUUGGUGGAAGUACAGAUGAGCUUUAAUAUGAGUCAUGAGACUCUGUACUUGGCAGUGAAACUGGUGGAUCACUACCUGAUGAAGGAACUGUGCAGGAAGGACAAGCUGCAACUCCUUGGUUCAACUGCCUUUCUCAUUGCAGCAAAGUUUGAGGAGCUCUUUCCACCUUGUGUGGAUGACUUCCUGUAUGUCUGUGAAGAUAUGUAUCAACGACACGAGAUGAUUGCCAUGGAAAUGAGCAUCCUGAAAACCCUCAAGUUUGACAUCAACAUUCCAGUUGCCUAUCAUUAUCUACGCAGAUAUGCUUUGUGUCUCAAUGUCAGCAUGAAGACACUGACUUUGUCUCGCUUCAUCUGCGAGAUGACCCUGCAGAAAUAUGACUAUGUCCACGAAAGGGCUUCCAAGCUAGCUGCUGCCUCUUUCCUCUUGGCCCUCUACAUGAAGAAGCUCAAAAAUUAUGCUCCUCUUUUGGAGUUUUACAGUGGCUACACGACCUUUGAGCUUCACCCUCUGGUUAGACAGCUGAACAUCUUGCUGACUUACCAUUAUUGUGAUAGGCUCAAGACUGUGUAUACGAAGUAUUCUCACGAAAAGUUCUUUGAAGUCACCAAAACUCCCCCCUUGGACAUAGCAACACUGGAUGAGAUUUUUAUGUACUGAUUAUCAAGCUGAGGAUCUGGCACUUUGGCAGCAGGCAUCAGGGCCAGCCAGGCAUGCCAAUAGGCUGUAUUUAUUAUGUGCUUGAAUUUGUCUCUUAUAUACUUUUCUUCAUUUUUCCCUCUCUUUGUUUGUCUUUUUCCCAACUGACAAUGUUGUAAAUAUUUAAGUAUUUA